AGCGUCACGAGGACACAGCGCUCGAAGAAGAGAAUGCCGCGAGAGAAGAAGAGAUGCGUCGUGAACUAGCUUCAAGCACGCUGGCUUAGUCAACGUUUUCGCGGUCGUCGGUAACGCGGAGCAGAAAACAGUAAUUGUCGGGACAGACACGCUCGGCGCUGCCGGCAGGUCAUGCAGCGCACCGGAGGGUAAUGAGCCGUAAAGCCCCGGGGUCUCGGCUCAGCGGCGCCCACAAACUGCGGCCACACUGGAACGACUGGCAGCCCAGACUUGACAGUGUGCCAUCAAGCCAGGACCACGUGAAGUCCAGAGAACCUGGUUCUGGGUCCUUCUUCAAAGUUUUAGCCUCCAAGUGCCCUGACCAGCCGGCGGCGCUCAGUGAUGCCUACACCCCUGCAGCUGGACAUCAGGAGGAGGGGGGAUAUGAAGCUGCUCAGAGUGUCUGUGAUGCUUCAUUUGGUUGGAAGUCGCUGGGGCAAGAGUUGAGGCCCAACAAUGUGACUGUGGAUGUGACUACUUUUCAGCAUGGAAGCCGUGCUUUAGCUUCAAAGGAUAUGAGGAAAUCACAGGACAGGGGGAUGGCUCACUCGGAGGAGUCUCGGCUGGCCAACCUGCUGCGUCGGGUCUCCAGGGAGGACGACCGAGAGCGAAGGCUGGCCACCCUCAAACAACUGAAGGAGUUCAUCAGCCACGGAGAGAGCAAAGUGGCGCUGGUCAAACAGCUGGAAACCAUCCUCAGCACCUUGAACGACAUUUUAAAUGAGAGCAGUAAGCUGUUGUGGGAGCUGCGGCAGGAAGCGGCAGCCUCUCUGGGCCUCCUGUGCACGGUGCUCAGUUACGAAGCGGAGCGCAUCUUCAAGUGGCUCUUUGCUAAGUUCACGGCGAGCGGCCGGGACGAGGUGAAGCUGCUGUUCCUGCUAGCAGCUCAGCACGCUCUGGAGACGGCUGGAGAGAGGAAGGCCUUCUCUCACAUCAUGCAGCUGGUGAUGAGCAGCCUGCAGUCCAUCCUGGAGAACGUGGACACGCCGGAGCUGCUCUGUCAGAGCGUGAGAUGCAUUCUCCAGGUGGCCCGCUGCUACCCCCAUGUGUUCAGCACCAACUUCAGGGACACUGUGGACAUCCUGGUGGGCUGGCACAUUGACCACACACAGAAGCAGGCUCUGACUCAGCAGGUUUCAGGCUGGCUGCAGAGUCUUGAGCAGUUCUGGGUGGCUGACCUGACCUUCUCCACCACCUUGCUGGGGCAGUUCCUGGAGGACAUGGAGGCAUAUGCAGAGGAUCUGAGCCAUGGGACGUUGGAGGAAGGCGGGGAGGAAGACAUUCCUCCGCCUUCGGUGUCGCUGCCCAAGCUGGCGGCUCUGCUAAGGGUCUUUAGCACCGUGGUCCGUAGCAUCGGAGAGAGGUUCAGUCCUUUCAGAGGACCCCCCAUCACUGAAGUCUACGUAACUGACGUUCUGAACAGAGUUCUGGCGUGUCUGACAGCAGCCAAGCAGGUCCAGUUCUCCGAGGUCGUCCUCACGGCGGGGAACGAGUGCGUCGGGGUGCUUCUCGCCAGCCUGGAGCCCAGCGGUCAGCUGAUGGAGGCCGUCCUGGCCUACGGCCUGGACCAGCUGCAGUGCUGCCGAGGCUGCGGCUCGGACUACAGUCUGGCGGUGCUUAGUCUGCUCACGCUGAUUGUGGAUCAGGUGAACACAAAGCUGCCUGUGUCCUUCGUAGAAAAACUUUUGGCUCCGGACUCAAAGCUGCUGAAUCUUCGAUGUCACCCAGAGAAAGAGGUGAUGGCUGCGGUCCACGCUGUUUAUCAGGCGCUGCUGAGCCUGAAAAACAUCCCCACCCUGGAGGCGGCCUAUAAGAUGGUGCUGGGAGAGAUGGCCUGCGCUCUGUCCAGCCUGAUGGAGGGGCUGGAGCCCCUUGGCACCAAAGUGGCUCCCGUUGGCCCCUGUCUCAACAUUCAGCACCCUGCGUUUGCAUCCCUAUCCCUGCCCCUGGACAAGGCUCAGUUCAUCCUCCUCUUCAAUCUGAGCACUCUAACCACCAUUGGAAACACCAAGAACUCCCUUAUCGGGAUGUGGGCUUUGUCACCGACGGUCUUUGCGCUCCUGACUCACAACCUAACGGUGGUUCACUCUGGACUGGCUGUGUGCUACCCUGCCGUCCAGUACGCCGUCCUCUACUCGCUGUACUCUCACUGCACGCGGCACGAUCAUUUCAUCUCAUCCAGCCUGUCGUCAUCCUCUCCUUCGCUGUUCGAUGGUGCUGUCAUCAGCACUGUUACCACGGCGACAAAGAAGCAUUUCAGCACGCUGCUAAGCCUGCUGGGAGGUCUGCUGUCCAAGGAACACCUCCAACCCGAGGCCAGGAGGCUCCUGCUGACCUGGGCUCAGGAGAUCUCUCUACUGAUGGUGAAGUCAGACACCUACAGCCCCCUCUUCUCCCUCCCCUCCUUUCACAAGUUCUGCAGAGGCCUGCUGGAUAACGCCCUGCAUGAAGACAACGGCGUGAGCCUCCACAGCUGCCUGAGCCUGCAGCUCCUCCUGCCAUGGCUGUCCUCUGAGCUGCUGCAGAGGUGUGUGGAUGUGUGCAGAGUCCAGCUGGUUCAUUCCACGGUCAGAGUGAGGCAGGCCUUUGCCAAAUUAUUCAGGACCAUCCCCCUGGAUGUAGCCUUGAGCAACCACAGCGUGCCUGAGACCAGGCACAUUUCUCUGGCUAUUGGCCACCUGAUGAGCCGAGCACACAGCACCACCUUCCACCCGCAGGACUUCAGCGACCUCAUCAGCUUCAUCCUGUACGGAGUCCUCCACCGAGGAGGCAAGGACCCGUGGCUGGAGCGACUGUACCACAGCUGCCAGCGCCUGGAGAGGCGGGACUGCCGGGGGGGGUCCGACAGCAGCAGACUGGACCUGGUGCCGUGGGCUCUUCUUAAAACAGAGGCGGUUCUGUGGCAGUGGGCAGUGUGGGAGGCUGCACAGUUCACCGUGCUGUCCAAACUCCGCACCCCUCUGGGCAGGGCCCAGGACACCUUUCAGACCAUCGAAGGGAUCAUCCGGAAUUUAGCUGCAUACUGUCUGAAUCCUGAGCAGGACCUUGGGGCCUGGGCCGGUUCUGGAGGCGAUGGAGACGGUCACCACUCCAACCAGCUCCGCCUUACUCUGCUGCUGCAGUACCUGGAAAACCUGGAGAAGCUCAUGUACAAUGCCUAUGAAGGCUGCGCCAACGCGCUGACCGCUCCACCCAAGGCAAUCAGGACCUUUUUCUACACCAACCGUCAGACCUGCCAGGACUGGCUGACCAGAAUUCGCCUGGCCCUGAUGAGGGUGGGGCUUCUGUCUGGCCAGCCUGCGGUCACUGUUCGCCACGGCUUUGACCUGUUGGCCGAGUUUAGGAGCAGCAGUUCUCAGCAGGCUCUGGAGCUGGAGGUUCCUCUGGCCCUGAUGGUGGAGGCUUUGUGUGAACUGCGCUGUCCCGAGGCCAUCCAGGGACUGGCGGCCUGGAGCCUGCAGACCUGUGGGAAGAGUCUUGGCUGGGUGUCGUCUGUGGCUCUGCAGGCAGAGGGCAGGUUCGAGAAAGCAGCUCUGGAGUACCAGGAUCAGCUGUCUGCCAUCACUGGGAUGGACUGCAGCAUCAGAACCUCUCCAAGCUGUCUGCUCAAACUGUCCAGCAGCGUCAGCAGUCCCAAGCACUCCUCCAGCGGUGAGAGCAGGAAGACGGUGCUGCUGAAGUCUGCCGAGUGCUCCCCUGAGGUCAUCAACUUCCUUGCUAACAAGGCCUGCCAGUGUUACAUGGCGCUCUGUGAUUGGAGCUCUGUGAAGGAGUGGCAGGCUACGGUCAACACCCUCAAGCAGAACUCCACCAACCCCGUCAGCAUCACCUUGAGGACCGAUCUCAACUACAUCCGGGCUCUGAGCUGCUUCGAGGAUGGAGACAUGGAAGAGUGUGGAGCACAGCUGGACCUGCUGCCCGGAGAGGACUACAGCUCUUUGUCUGGCGCCAAGGACAAGCUGGAUCUGAAGAGGCUCCUGCCCUCCUUGAGUCCGGACCCCGCCGAGCUGCAGAGGGCCAUCGAAGUGCAGCUGCUGCGCAGCGCCGUCAGCGCCACCAGAACAGACCGGCAGGAGCAGAAGACCACGCCCACCGUCGAGACUUUGGUGCGUUGCCUGAAGCAGACGGGGAGGAUCUGCCUCGGUCCUCUGCGCCUCUCCACCCUCACGCUGUCUCCAGGCCUUCCCACUCAGUCCACCCUGCAGCUCCACUGCGCCACCAGCCUGGAGAGCACGCUGACGGGCCAGGACGACGGGCUGAUCCCCCUCAGCAGUGAGGCGCUGCACUCCUGUAAGCAGCAGGACGUCCAGCUCUUCAUGCAGGCGCUCAGAUACUCCACCUUCCAGAGGCAACUGCUGCACACGUCCAAAGGUUUCUCCUCUUCCAUCGAAGGCCAUCUCACGGAGCUCUGCCUGACUGCAGUCAAGUUUGCCCGGAAAAGGGGGAACAUUGCCCUGGCGACCCGUCUGCUGAGCCAGUGCAGCGAAGGGGGGCAGGAAGACCUGGAGCGGAGUAAGGCCUUCAGGCAGAUCAGGCUGGAGGGAACCCUGGGGGAGAAAUGGGGGCCAGAGGUUCAGAUUGAAAAGGCCAAGGUCCUGAGAGCUGCAGGUCAGUCCCUGACGUCCAUGGAGAUGCUGAGCCGGGCCGCGCUGUCCUACUGCCACAGUGGGAAGAACGAAGGCGCCGCCAGCCGCUCUCUGCUCACCCUCUGCAAGUGGCUGCAGGCGGAGUGGAAGGACAUGACGCCGCAGCUCAAACAGGUGGUGAGGAAAUGCGGAGCGGUGAACUCGCCGGCAUUGGGCAGCAUGUCCCCUUUGGGCCAGACUAUUGCUGCUCUGCUGGAGGUUCCUCUGGGGGACCAAGGCCCCGCCCACAUAGCUGCAAAGACCUCUGUUCAUGUCGGGGUGGGAGAGGCGGAUUUCGUGUUGGGCCAGCUCUUCCAGCUUUCCACCGGCCUGGCUCCAGAAGUGGCCAAGGCCUGGGCGGCCCUGGCCAGCUGGGCUUACCGCUGGGGCAGGAAGGUGGUGGACAACGCGAGUCAGGGGGAGGGUCUGCCCCUCCUUCCCGAAGAAAAGAAGGACAUCGAGGAGUUGCUGCCCGUCACCACCAGCGAUGAAGACAAGGAGGCCAUCUUUAGCAUUCUGGGCCAGGCCAUGUGUCAUCCAACUGGCAUCCAGGACGAGGACAUGGCUCUUCAGCAGGACGACAGUGGGGACGACAUGGUGGACGUGAUAUGGCGGCAGCUCACCACCUCCUGCCCCUGGCUGGGGGAGGCCGGUCAGCUCUUCGCAGACGGCCUGAUCCAAGUGUGGAGACGCGUGGUCGAUCGCAUCUUUGGUCUGUACCGUGUGUCCUGCCACGCCUACUUCACCUUCCUCAAGCUGAACGCUGGACAGGUUCACGUGGAUGAAGACGACCCAAAGCUCCUGCUGUCAUGUCACAGCAGCAAACAGAGCAACGACGAUGUCAUUGUCAUGGCAACCUUGCGCCUCCUCAGGCUGCUGGUGAAGCAUGCUGGGGAGCUGAGAGAGGGGCUGGAGCUCGGCCUGGCGUCCACUCCUACUGCACCCUGGAGAGGUAUCAUUCCUCAGCUGUUUUCCCGCCUCAACCACCCUGAGGCCUACAUCCGGCAGAGCAUAUGCAGCCUUCUGUGUCGCGUGGCUCAGGACUCCCCCCAUCUCAUUCUCUAUCCAGCUAUUGUGGGCUCCAUCUCCCUGGGGGGGGAGGCCCAGACUGCAGGCGCGAAGAUGCCCCCAGCCCUGCCCACCUUCCUGGGCAGCAUGCAGGAGGAGGACCUGGCCGGGGAGGACGAGGAUCCGCUGGAGAGUGGGGCACAGGCCGGAGCGUCAGAGGAGCUGGCGACCUGCUCCAGUCAGGAUCAGGCCAUGAUGCAGGACUGCUACAGCAAGAUCGUGGAGAAGUUGUCUGCAGCCAACCCCACCAUGGUGCUUCAGGUACAGCAGCUGGUGGGGGAACUGCGCAGGAUCACGCUUCUGUGGGACGAGCUGUGGUUGGGCGUCCUGCAGCAGCAGCACAUGCACGUUCUGCGCAGGAUCCAGCAGCUGGAGGACGAGGUCAAGCGGGUGCAGAACAACAACACACUGCGCAGGGAUGAAAAAGUUGCCAUCAUGCGUGAGAAGCACUCUGCCCUGAUGCGCCCCGUGGUUUUUGCCCUGGAUCACGUCUGCAGCAUCACAGCCGCUCAGGCGGAGACCCCCCAUGAGACGUGGUUCCAGCAGACCUAUGGAGACGCCAUCGCCUCUGCCCUGGAACACCUGAGGAACCCCACCAACCCCGCCAACCCAGCUAGCAGCUGGCUUCCCUUCAAACAGGUCAUGAUCAGCCUGCAGCAGCGAGCUCAGAAACGGGCCAGCUACCAGCUGCACCUGGAUGAGAUCAGCCCUCGGCUGGCGUCCAUGACGACCACAGAGAUGGCCCUUCCUGGGGAGGCGUCGGCCUCAGACGCAGUGACCAUACAGAGCGUGGGCAACACCAUUACCAUUCUUCCCACCAAGACCAAGCCCAAGAAGCUCUUCUUUCUGGGUUCAGACGGACGCAAUUACCCGUAUCUGUUCAAAGGUCUGGAGGACUUGCACCUGGAUGAGCGCAUUAUGCAGUUCCUGUCCAUCGUCAACACCAUGUUCACCAAGAUCAACCAGCAGGAGCGGCCUCAUUUCCAUGCUCGCCACUACUCCGUCACGCCCCUGGGUACCCGGUCCGGCCUGAUCCAGUGGGUGGACGGAGCCACUCCGCUGUUUGGGCUGUACAAACGCUGGCAGCAGAGGGAGGCGCUGCUGCAGUCCCAGAAGACCCAGGACACAUUUCCUCAGCAGCCGGUACCUUUGGUUCCUCGGCCCAGCGAGCUGUACUACAGCCGCAUCGGACCGGCACUGAAGGCGGUGGGUCUGAGUCUGGAUCUGACGCGUCGAGACUGGCCUUUGAGCGUCAUGAAGGAUGUCUUGAAGGAGCUGAUGGAGAGCACGCCAUCUAACCUCCUGGCAAAGGAGCUGUGGUGCUCCUGCACCACACCCAGCGAGUGGUGGGGGGUCACACAGUCCUACGCCAGAUCCACUGCUGUCAUGUCUAUGGUGGGAUACAUCAUCGGCCUCGGGGAUCGCCACCUCGACAAUGUUUUGAUUGACAUGACCACGGGGGAGGUGGUGCACAUCGACUACAACGUGUGCUUUGAGAAAGGGAAAAGUCUGCGGGUGCCGGAGAAGGUUCCGUUCAGGAUGACCCACAACAUUGAGACUGCUCUGGGGGUCACGGGAGUGGAGGGCAUCUUUAGGCUGUCCUGUGAGCAGGUGGUGCAGAUCAUGCGGCGGGGCAGAGAAACCCUCCUGACGCUGCUGGAGGCCUUUGUCUACGACCCUCUGGUGGAUUGGACCGCUGGGGGGGAGGUGGGCUUUGCCGGAGCAGUGUAUGGAGGUGGGGGGCAGCAGGCCGACAACAAGAAAAGCAAAAGGGAGAUGGAGAGAGACAUCACCCGCUCCCUAUUCUCCUCCAGGGUGGCUGAGAUCAAGGUGAACUGGUUCAAGAACCGGGAUGAAAUGCUGGCUGUGCUCCCUCAAAUGGAGGAGGCUGUGGAGGAGUACCUGGGCCUGCAGGACAUGCUCUGUCAAGGGGAGAAACUGCAAGCUAAAUUACAGGAGGAGAUGGAGUUCCUGGAAGGGGCAGAGAACCACCCGGACCACCUCAUCCUGACCCUGGAUCAAAGGUACUCGGACCAUAAGCAGCUGCAGUCUCAGCAGCGGACUGUGCAGGAGGCCAUCCGGGGGAAGCUGGCUGACCUGGACCAGUGGAUCUCCCAGUAUCAGGCUGCGUUCUCCAGCCUGGAGGCGGCUCAGCUCGCCAGUCUGGUGCAGGACAUCAGUGGUCCCAUAGAUCUGGGUCCUCCCAGUUACGUUCCUGCCACCGCUUUUCUGCAGAACGCCGGCCAGGCGCACCUCAUCAGCCAGUGUGAGAACCUGGAGGCGGAGCUGAGCGCCCUGCUCCAGCAGCGGCGAGCGUCGCUGCGAGGCUGCCUGGAGCAGCUGCACAGCUACGCCACGGUGGCGCUGCUGUACCCCCGCAGCACCCUGCUGUGCCACAGAGUGCACCAGUGGAAGGGCUGGCUGGAGGAGCUGCUGAGAGACAUGACCGUGGAGCUCUGCCAGAUCAUCUACAGGCGGUAUGAAGCCCUGUUUGCCCCCCAGCCUCCCGUCGCCACCUGCCAGCUCCUGUCCGGCGUGGAGCUGACCCUGACGCACCAGGUGGCAGAGACCAACGAGCGCGUGCUGCACCAAGCCGAGCGGCUGAAGGCGGAGGGCGCCAGCGUGGCGGCCUGCGAGGAGCAGCUGAAGGAGAUCGAACACUGCAUCACGGGCUUCCUGCACGAGAACGGGGAGGCGGGCUCGUUGAGCCUCGCCGUCAUCAUCACCUCGGCUCUGUGCGCCCUCUCCAGGCGUAACCUGGUGAUGGAGGCCGCUGCAGCCAGCGCCGGAGACCAGCUGGUGGACCUGACGUCCCGGGACGGCGCCUGGUUUCUAGAAGAGCUGUGCAGCAUGCUGGGAAAUGUCAGCAGUCUGGCUAUGCUGCUGCAGCGCUGCCUGCUGCUGCCUCAUGACCUGGAGCUGCCCGCACCCUCAGCCACCACCCAGACGGUCUACCUGGCCAGCGCCGUGUACACCUGCAUGCAGGAGCUGAACACCAAUUUCCGUCAGAUCAUCUUCCCGGAGGCUCUGCACUGCAUGAUCAAAGGAGAGCCCACCCUGGAGAGCAUGCUGCUGGAGCUGGACACGCUGGUGGAGCAGAUCUCAGACGGGCUGGGCCUGCAGGGCCUGAGCGACAGCCUGCAGGCCGCUUCGGACCUGGACUGUGACAGCGUCCACAUCAUCAGGAUGCUGCGGGCUCAGUACUCGGAGCUGAUCCAGCCUCGGACCAUGGACGGACCGGGCCAGGACGCUCCUAAGAUGACUGCAGGCCAGAUGCUGCUGGUGGCCUUUGACGGCAUGUUCACACAGCUGGAAACGGCGUUUGGACAGCUGCUAGAGAAGCUGAGCUCCCUGGAGGUGCCGCCGUCCUGGAGGAAGGUGGACGUUCUGCGGGAGGCCAGGGCCCUGCAGCAGACCUUGGUUGAGGGCGGGGGCCCCCGUCAGCUCAUGCUGGAUGUGUUCUUCAUCAAGAGGCUGCAGACCGUCAGAGACUUCUUCAGGCUGUGCUCCUCCUUUGCCCAGAGUCUGUCUGGAGCGUGUCUCCACGCCGAGGACGUGCUGUCUACCAACGGGCCUGUUUCUCUUGGAAAGCCUCUGUUCCGUCGGCCCAGCGGUCCGGGCGCCGCAGUGAUGAGCGAGGAGCAGAUGACCCGUCCCAUCAAGGCCUUCACAGCAGAGUUUGUGGGGCGGAUGCUCCUGGGUCUGCCCAGCCAGGCUCUGGGUCUGGCCCUCUGCGGCGCCCUCUCUGCUCUGGGUCUGGAUGUGGUGGCUCAGGUGGAGGCCAAAGACUUUGGAGCAGAGUGCAAGGUGUCUCUCGACGAGCUGUGUAAAAAGGCUGUGGAGCAGAGUCUGGCCUCCGGCCGGGUGUCCCAGCUGCUGCUCAACAGGGCCACAGUGCUGGCCUCCUCCUACGACACGGCCCUGAAGAAAGCGGACCUUCUCAGGAGGCUGGACACCAACCUAGAGGCCGCCAAGGCCAGCCUGCACAGGAGCCAGCUGCACCUCGCCAUGUUUGAGUGGCAGCAUGAGGACGUUCUGGGGCCCAGCAGCCAGCCUCUGGGGGUCGGCGUGGCCCCUCGCUCUGUCAUCCUCAGCAACAUGAAGAAGAAGCUCUACAAGCUGAGUCAGGAUGAAGGCGCCAUCGCUGCGGUUCAGGAGAAGCUGGUGGCUCUGGAGGCCAGCAUCGAGCAGCGCCUUAAGUGGGCCGGGGGGGCUAACCCCGCCCUCACGCCUGUGCUGCAGGACUUUGAGAUGACCAUCAGAGAGAGGCGGAGCCUGGUGGCCCGGGACAACCAGCGCAGCGGCCAGGUGUCCUUCCUGUGUUCCACCGUCCUGAACUUCGAGGGCCUGCGGACGCGCUCCCCGGAGGCGCUGAGCAUGGACGCCGCUCUGUUCGAGCUGCUGAAGCGCUGCCAGCAGACGUGCUCGUACGCCGCGCAGUUCAGCAGCUCCGUGUCUGCGCUGGAGCUGCGGCUGCUGCACAGACUGGGUCCGGUGGCAGACCCGCCCAUCGGCAGCCCUGAUUGGCUGAGCUUUGCCCAGAGGCAGCUGAAGGAGGAGUCGAGUCAGGAGGCCAAGACUCAGGAGGAGCGGGAGCAGCAGCUGGAAUCGUGUGCCGAGACGCUGCACCUGCUGGUGGACGCCAUCAAAACCAUCCUGUCCAACCACAACCGCCAGCUGGCGGACGUCAAGCACCUGCUGCGCGCUAUGGCCAAGGACGAGGAGGCGGCGCUGGCAGAUGGGGAGGACGUGGUCUAUGAGGGCAGUGUGCGACACUUCCUGCUGGAGUACAAAGCCUGGCAGGACAACGUCCAGCUGGUUCUGUUCACGGUGGUCCAGGCCAGCGGGCAGCGCCGGGGCCAGGAGCAGCUGGGCCUGCUGGAGGAGGUUCCCGCCACGCUGAAGGAGCUGCACUCGCAGAGCCAGAGUGUGUACAACUGCCUGGUGGGCUUCGCCUCCCCCCUGGUGACAGAGCGGGACCACGAGUGUUCUAGUCCAGUUUCUGCGGUUCAGACCAGCUUCGCUGCAGCCGUCAGAUGCAGCGGCCUCAAAACCCAGCCGGACUCCAUGUCCCAGAAUGCACGCAAAGCCCUGCCGCGCAACCUGGAAACUCCCACGGACACCCCCCCCAGCACUCUGCUCACCAACACCAAGGGUCUGAACCCCAGUCCCAAGAGGGCGGCGCGAGACCCUAAAACAGGACGAGCCGUUCAGGAGAGGAACUCGUACGCCGUCGGCGUGUGGAAGAGGGUCAAGGCCAAGCUGGAGGGCCGGGAUGUGGAUCCCAACAGGAGGCUGAGUGUAGCGGAGCAGGUGGACUUUGUCAUCAAAGAGGCCACCAACAUGGACAACCUGGCUCAGCUGUAUGAAGGGUGGACCGCCUGGGUGUGAAGGCUGCGCUGAUCUGUGUCGUUGGUCCAACCAAGGCUCGGAGAUCCACCAAAGUCCUGUGGGACUGGGGAGUUGGAACAGCAGCACUGGGCCACCAGGGGGCAGAAAGCAGGGCUGGGCACUUACUCCGCCCUCCUAAACUCCUGGGCACACUGGGCAGCACCCCGCUGCAACCCUAACCCCCCAGCAUCGACCCUGGGGCCACCACAGCGCCUACGGGCCUGCAGACCCCCACCCUCCUUUCAUAGGUUUGGGUGGGCAAACGGGUGGCAGAACAGGUGAGGGAAAGGAGAAGAAAGGCCCCCUCACCCUCCACUUAGGUAUCCCCCCAACCCCCACAUCUAUAAACAUCUCUGCGUCCUGUUGAGCCCCACCCGUCCAUCUGGGGGCAGAAUGGAGCAGACAUGAAUCACACGCCGACAUCUAUGGGGGGAGAACGGGGGGCUUCCAUGUGUGGUCUCUGAUCUUUUUCUCCUUGUGAUUCCGAUUGGCCGGGCGUAAUGAGGUGUGAGCGUUUCAAGGCGGAGCUUCAUGACCAGCCUGAGACGCCACAGAGGAAGAGGACUCUGGAAAAGAGGUGAAGAUGAGCGAACGCCACGCUCGUGUCCUGGGAACGGCGGUUAACAUGGCGAGCAGCUGAUCCUGCUCGCUCCUGCCUCCUCCGUCUGUGUUGUGCUGUCGGUCUGUACACUUUUCUUUCCGUUCGGGUUUCCGCCUGGAAGCGUUUUAUGCUUUUAGCUUUUUAUGGGUUGAUUUUGUGGUGAUGGUGGAAGUUUUUCUUAAAGCUUUUAGUGGAUUUUGUUGAAUGCUUAAUAAAAGUGGAAGUCUUCA